AUGCGCCGAAAUCUCCCCUUUUUCGUAUCUUCUCCCCUUUUCCGACCAGUUGCCGCUGCAACUCCGGACUUGUAUCAGGAGCUUUCCACCCCAUUUCAGCACUUUGCCUCGCCUUCAAAUGACUCAACUGUGGGACAGAAUUUGAAAUUAACCGACUGGGAAAGCCCAGAGAGGUCCAUAACGACGGAAAGAACAAAAAAGAAGACAGAGGGCCUGCGGCACCUGCUGCCAGCCGCACAGCAGCUGCCAGACUCACAUGAAGACACUUCCCUUUUCUCAGAUUUCAGGCAGAGACAUGAAGCCGCAAGUUCAACAAAUGCCAUAAGAAGCCAGUGGCUGCAUUUGGAAAAUGUCCUGAAUGGGACAGCACCAGCUGUAGGUGCAGCAGAUGCAGUAGCAGCACUGCAUGCAGCGGAUGCAGCGGCCGCAGCAGAUCCGGUGGAUGCAGCAGCAGCAGAUGCAGCAGCAGCAGUUGCACCGCCGGCCGAAGUUCAGUUGAAGGAACCUUCAAUGUGGGGCGUAGGCUCAUCUAUACUUCAGCUAAAUGAAACUGCCGCAGCAGCAGACACAGCAGCUGCAGCCACAGCAGCAGCAGCCACACAAACAGCAGCCACAGCAACAGCAGCCACAGCAGCAGCAGCAGCAGCAGCAGUCGGGGAUAUGCCUGCUGCAGCCAUGUGGGAUUCAGGUGCAAAUACUGGUUUGCAAAGCAGGGUUAUCUGGCCUUUGCCUGAGACUGGAAAUGGGACAACAGCACAAACUAAUAGAAUGGCUUUUGUUGACUCAGAUGCAGCAGCAGAGAAGCAGCUGCUGCUGCAUGCAUGCGACACAGCAGCAGCAGCAACGAAUCCGCAGGACCAAACACUUCGGAAUCUACGGGAGCAGCAGAAGCAUCAAGAUGAUCCUAAGGGCCUCAGCGAGAAUCUCUUGGUGGAGCGUCGAGCACCUGCAAGUGCUGCAGACCAAAUCCUGCAGCAGCGAGCAGCAGCAGCAGCAGCAGCAGUAGCAGCAGCAGCAGCUGCCGGCUACCCUCAUGUGCUUAUUGGGGUUGUUCUCGCAGACGGCUCAGUCUGGGGUGUAGAUGACCUUAGGGAAGGCUUGCUGCAGAGCAGGCAGCAAACAUUCUUGCUGCAGGAGCAGCACCCCCUAAACGAGCAGCGGCAGCAGCAGCAACAGCAUCAGCGACAGCAGAAUUUGCAGCUGCGGCUGCAGCAGCACCAGCGACAGCUGCUGCAGCAACAGCAGCUGGAACCAAGCUUCUUCCACACUCUGUUGCCUGAGCAGAUGCAGCAGCCGCCAGUAAACUAG